UAUCAACAAACGCAAGAAGUCUCUGCCACUUACCGGUGUUCAGUCUACUGAUUAUGUUAGGUCACCAAUGAAUCACCUGCUGGGAAGUGUUAAAGAUGUCUUGGGAUGCCUUCGCCAAGGCUCCGUUUCUGCCGUGGAGCUUGUGGAGGCAGCUCUACGGCAGCAAGAAACCUUGGCCAGAUUAAAUGCAUUUAUAUCCAGAACAUCAGAGACAGCCUUCAAAGCAGCAGAUAAGUCACAGAAAAGAUACGAGAAAAAAGAAAAUAUUGGUCCUUUGGAAGGACUACCAGUGGCUGUGAAGGACAACUUCUGCACUGCUGGAAUCCCCACCACCUGCGGCUCAAAAAUGUUACAGAACUAUGUCCCUCCCUACUCUGCCACCGUGGUGAAGAGACUGGAAAGAGCAGGUGCUGUCAUAAUAGGCAAAACAAACUUGGAUGAGUUUGCAAUGGGGUCUGGCACUGUUGACUCAUCCUUUGGACCCACGAGAAAUAUCUAUCGCUCGGGAAUCAGAUACCGAGUCCAGAAUCAGCAAGAACUGAAGGACGAUGUCUCGGAUGUUCCUACUGAAGGGCUGGAUGGAGACUGGUUCAUCGCUGGAGGGAGCUCUGGUGGCAGUGCCGUGGCGGUGGCUUCAGGAGCAUCAUUCCUAGCUCUUGGGUCAGACACAGGUGGGUCUGUUCGCAAUCCUGCUUCUUACUGUGGUGUUGUUGGUUUCAAGCCUUCGUAUGGAGUGGUUCCCCGUGCGGGUCUUAUCAGCCUUGUCAAUUCCAUGGAUGUGCCUGGUUUGUUUGGGCGUUAUGUUGAUGACGUUGCUACCAUGCUGGCUGUCUUAGCAGGCUGGGAUUCUCAGGAUUCAACUAGUGUAUCUAGUGAGCUGUCAGACUUAACGCUGCCUGAGGAGCCUCGUCUUGAUGGCCUGGUCAUCGGCAUCCCAAGAGAAUACCAUUGCCCUGGUAUGAGCUCUGAGGUUGUUGAUGCGUGGACAAAAGUAGCUGAUAUCAUGGAAGACUCUGGUGCUGAGUUGAGACAGGUAUCGAUGCCCCACACCAAAUACUCCAUACUCUGCUACUCUGUCUUGAAUCCUUGUGAAGUAGCAUCAAACUUCACGAGAUACACUGGGGUAGAAUAUGGACACCGCGUUGAUGCCUCCCACUCCAUGGAGGCGAUGUAUGCACUCACAAGGUCUGCUGGGCUCAAUGAUGUAGUGAGAGGACGGAUCUUGGCCGGGAAUUAUUUUCUUCUAAGGGAGAAUAAGGAAAAAUACUACAAGCAGGCACUAAAAGUCCGGCGACUAAUAUUGCAAGAUUUUGAGAAUGUUUGGAACUCUGGAGUUGAUUUCCUUCUGACGCCAGUAACACUGUCUGCUGCCUUGAGGUUCUCCGAAUUCAAUCAGAUUGACAACCGCACCCAGACAGCCACACAGGACAUCUGCACUCAGGCAUCGAACAUGGCUGGAGUGCCUGCUGUGACUGUGCCUGUGUCACUCAAUGGAGAAGGUCUGCCACUUUCUCUGCAGCUCAUGGCACCGACAAACAGAGAUGCAGCUUUGCUUUCCGUUGCAAAGUGGAUUGAGCAACAUAUGAAUUUCCCUCGUUUGUGUAUAUUAUGAUGUGAAUAUUUGGUUUGUACAUAAUUUUUAGUAAAAUUGUUUAUGAGGAU